CUGCUGGAGACCGGCCAGAUGUCGAUCUUCUCUCGGGCCGUCCGAUGGUGUUCUAGUGCCCUGCACCUGUGCGGGCUGUCAACGUCACUGGACGUUAGCUAGGGAGCAGAGAGACAGCCAUUAUUGGCCUGGCUAUGGGGGAUCGCUGAUUACUUGAGACGAACGAUCAGCCAUAUACUACUCCCGUCGUAGAAUAUUAGAUCAGACAGUUUGGAGCUCAAGAAUUUCAUGACUUUUUAUUGUCGCCUGGUCCCGUCCGUUGCAUGCCCGCUUGCUAAAAUUACCCCGCGAUUCUAGAACGGCCACCACCCCGCAUCUGUUGAUAGGUAGGCUUGCUCAAGCUUUCCCAUCGCACUGCUCACCUGCUUGGCCACGGGUACGCAACCUACCUUACCUGUCCUAGUCCAUACUUUCACUUUGCCCAUCACCUCAGUUUGCUGAGUCUUUUCCCCAGCAUCAACAACAUCUAUGUCCUUUCGGCACAUCGCCAAGAUGACCGUCCUCGAGGCUGCCGACAUCCCCUCCGUCUCCCUUCUCUACAAGCUCCACAAGCUGUCAGCCGCACCCGCUGACACCAAGCUUGUGAAGACUCUCUUGGGACCGACCGAGAUCCCUCCCCCUUCUAAAUCUCUCAACGACCGUGUUGCCGUGUACCGUGCCGACAUCACUUCUCUCGCCGUCGAUGCCAUCGUCAAUGCCGCUAACCGCUCCCUUCUCGGGGGCGGCGGCGUAGACGGUGCCAUUCAUCGGGCAGCUGGCCGCGGCCUGUACGAAGAGUGCAAGAAGUUGAAUGGGUGCAAGACUGGCUCAGCCAAGAUCACAGACGCCUAUGACCUGCCAUGCAACAGGGUCAUUCACGCUGUCGGCCCCGUCUACGACCCGGCGGAUCAUGACACGAGCGAGAAGCUGCUGGUCGGCUGCUACACAACAAGCUUGGAGCUCGCCGUUGAACACGAGUGCCGCACAAUCGCCUUCAGUGCACUCAGCACCGGUAUAUAUGGCUACCCAAGUCGGGAGGCCGCGCCCGCAGCGUUGAGUGCCAUUCGCAAAUUCUUGACCGGGAAGGACGGGGACAAGAUUGACAAGGUAAUACUUGUUACGUUUGAGAAGAAGGAUGUGGAUGCUUACACCGAGUUCGUCCCACAUUACUUUCCUCCUGUUUCCGAAGGCUCAACAUCCGAUGCCGUCGCACAAGAGCUUCCCAGCGUCCCAACAUCGGACCUUGUGGAUCCCGAAGAGGCCGACAAGAGAUAGGCAUGGCUAAGGAGGAGAAUAAGGCAAAAAUAGGUGGUAGAUUUCACGGAGUUCCGGAAAAAAAAGUGACUCCCAGACAUGUUUGGGAGGAGGGCGUAAUUGGUAGCUCAGUGCUUGGAACUGGGAACUGGUGGGUGGGUGGCUUAGAGGCACAACACAAGACGGUCCUCGGGUAUUAUCUUGUGUGGCGUUAGUAUUAUAGGUCCGUUCUUGACAGCUUGGUGCUUGCAAUACCAAGACUGAAACUCGCUAUGGUCAAUGUGAACCCAAGGGUGAACUCUACCUUUCUUGUAUCCCAUGUGCACGUGUAAAGACAGGGUUAUGCUUUGGCGCCAAG